AUGCGUUACUCCUACGCCCCUCUCCUGGCCUCCCUGGCAUCAACAUCCCUCGCUGCCGAAACGGUUCUCGGUGUCUACAUCUUCUCCCGACAUGGAGACCGAACAGCCAAGUCCACGCCCCCGGCCAACCUGACGGCACUCGGCUUGGAAGAAGUCUUCACCAGCGGCACGUACUACCGAAACCGGUACAUCGCGAGCGAUUCCAGCCAUCACAUCCACGGCAUGAACACCGACAUGGUCAAGCAAUCGCAAAUCACAGCCUCGGCCCCAUCCGACACCGUCCUGCAAAACUCCGCUCAAGGCUUCCUGCAGGGACUGUAUCCUCCAACGGGCGAGAAUGUGCAGGGCGAUACGCUGCGGAACGGAACCGUGGUGCAGACGCCGCUGAACGGAAUCCAGUUCAUCCCGCUCCAGACGGUCUCGACGGGAGCCAACAGCGAGAACUCGGCGUGGCUACAAGGCUCGACCAACUGCGCCAACGCACAGAUCAGCUCCAACAACUACUUUGCGAGCCCGGAAUACCUGACGAUGUUGAACCGCACGCAAGAUUUCUACAACGGCGUGUCCCCCAUGGUCAACCGCACCUUCACUGCAAGCCAAACCAGCUUCAAGAACGCAUACACCAUCUUCGACCUGUUGAACGUGGCGUCGAUCCACAAUUCGUCCGACAACUUCCCGCACGCCGACCUCCUCACCAACGAGACCUUCUUCCAGCUCCGCACGCUGGCCGACCAGCACGAAUGGGGCCUGGCAUACAACGAGUCGGAGCCGAUCCGUGCAGUGACGGGCUCCAUCAUCGCCAGCCAGGUGGUGCAGGCCCUGAACGGGACCAUCACCGGCAAGGGCAAGAACAAGUUCAACAUCCAAUUCGGCGCGUACGCCGGCAUGAUGUCGUAUUUCGGUCUGGCCAACCUGACCUCCGUCAACCCCGACUUCUACGGCGUCCCGGACUACACGUCCAGUCUGGUCUGGGAGCUGGUCACCAACGCGACCGUGGGUUCCUCUGCCAGCGAGUUCCCGGCAGUGGAGGACAUCAGCGUGCGCUUCCUCUUCCACAACGGCACCACCAGCAACAUCAGCGAGCCGGUCGAGUACCCUCUCUUCGGCACGGGCCAGUCGCCGCUCCCCUGGACCGACUUUGUCAACGGCAUGAACAAGUUCAGCAUCGGCACCCAGAAGGAUUGGUGCCACGCUUGCGGCAACUCCACCGGCGUCUGCAGCCCCGAAGUUCUGGGCGAGAGCACUCCCUCCACCACCUCUUCCUCAAACAGCAGCAGCAGCGGUAGUGGCAGCGGCGGCAUUUCCAAGGCUGUUGCGGGUGUUAUUGGCGCAAUGGUUACGCUGGCAGUCAUUUUCGGCGCUGAGCUGUUGGUUCUCUUGGUCGGCGGAUACAGACUCGUCAGCAAGAAGCGCCUGUCGCGUACGGCGGCCAUGGGCCCGAACGGCGCCGGUCUCUCGACUGCUGAAGCUCCCAAGGCAUAG